AUUCCUAGCUUCGUCGAAGCCCCCGCGCUGUGCUUCUGCCGCUCGAUCUGAAGCGGCCGAGCCCGAACACAGCGGGGGAAGGCAGGCAGGCCCAAUUUCGCCUAGCUAGGGUUUCCACCGGCGGCGAUGGGCGCCCUCACAGACAGCCGCAAGCGCGUCUCCGCCGACCACCGCCUCCACCCCUCCUUCCCGCCCUCCCCUCCACCUCCCUCCAAGAGGACCAAGCUCGCGCCCCUCCUCCCCGUCUCCUCACCUCCGCCUCUCCACUACGCCUCGCCUUCCUCCGCCGCGCCGGGCCCCUCCUCCUCCGCCGCGGCCGCCGCCGCCACGGCCUCCACCUCCUCCCACUCGUCGCUGCCGCACCCCAGACGCCGCCUUCCCCCGGCGCCGCCGAUCUCGCGCCCCAUCCAUGGGCCCCAGCGCGUCCGCCGCUCCUUCCGCGGUGGCAAUAGCCGGCCCAACUCCAAUCCACCGUGGUACUCUCCGUCCCCACCACCUAAACCUCUUGGCCUCGACCAGUACGCGGACCUCGUCUAUAGCGUUACCCACCCCCCGCGGCCAACUCCUGCCGUCCAUGUUCCGAGAGGGACGGAAGCUAUCCCUGAGGUGGUCAUGGUCGAUGACAAUGAGGAUAUAAGGCAGGACAAGGAGGAUGAGCAAGAUGUAGAGGAAGAGGCGAAGGCGAAAGUGGUGGGUAGGAAAGUCCCUUUAUACAAGGAGCUGUACGAGAAGUCCAGCCGGCAGCGCGAUGCUAGGCUCAGGACACUUGAGUUUGAAGUGCAACUCGCCGAGAAAGGCCGACUUGGGCUUGAACGGCUUGCGGAGGUCCUCCCGCGGAUCACGCCCAACAAAGAGGAGGUGCCUGAACCUUUUGUUCCUCUAACGGAUGAGGAUGAGGACAAUGUUCGUCAUGCUCUUGGUGGCAGGAAAAGAAGUGAGACAUUGUCGGUCCAUGAAGCUUCAAAUAUUGUUAUAACAAGAGAGAUCUUGCAGUGCCUGAAUGAUAAAGAGUGGCUGAAUGACGAGGUGAUAAAUUUGUAUCUUGAACUCCUGAAAGAAAGGGAACUGAGAGAACCCAACAAGUUCUUAAAGUGCCACUUCUUCAACACCUUUUUCUACAAGAAGCUGAUUAAUGGUGGGUAUGAUUAUAAGUCCGUUAGGAGAUGGACAACGAAAAGGAAGUUAGGGUACAACCUGAUUGAUUGUGAUAAGAUUUUUGUCCCCAUACACAAGGAUGUGCAUUGGUGUUUAGCAGUCAUCAACAUAAAGGAGAAAAAGUUCCAAUAUCUGGAUUCACUUGGCUACAUGGACAUGAAGGCCCUGAGAAUCUUAGCCAAAUAUCUUGUGGAUGAGGUAAAAGACAAGAGUGGCAAACAGAUAGACGUUCAUGCAUGGAAGCAGGAAGGUGUCCAAAACCUUCCUUUGCAGGAGAAUGGGUGGGAUUGUGGCAUGUUCAUGCUUAAAUAUAUAGACUUCUACAGCAGAGAUAUGGAGCUUGUUUUUGGACAGAAACACAUGUCUUACUUCCGGAGGAGGACUGCAAAAGAAAUCUUGGAUUUAAAGGCUGGAUAAUUAUGAAGGGCAUCAUAGGUAACUAAAGGCCAAAGUUCAAAACUGAAUGGAAGGAUAAUUGGAGCUUCUCAAGUACUCAAAUGAUCCUGCCUGCAAAGAUCAAACUACAGGGCCUAAAGAUUUGCUUGCAUAAGUACAACUGGCUGCCCUGGCAGUGUUUCUUCUUGGAGCAAGCCAUCGGUGGAUGGAAGGGCAUGGUUUUGUGCCUGGUUUUAAACGGUAGAGCCAGUGACAUUCGAGGGAAAGCAUCAAAGCAUGGUCGGAACUUGUAUCUAACGGCUGGCUGUAGACUUUGAGUAGUGUGCUAUCUCAUUUUAGGGCGAUGUAAGUUCCAUUGUAAUCAUCCAGCCGUGAGCGAUUCGUUAUGUUUUAUAUGACAUACUUGCUUUGGUGCAGCAACAGUUUUGUAUGACACCCAUCCUCUUUUUGUCUUAAAUGGUACUCCCUCCUAUCUAUAAAAAAUGUUGCCCAUUUUGUACUAA